AUGUCGGUCUCAAUGUUUAAGGGUCUGAUCAAGGAGAACAUCCCACGUGCUGGUGAUGUCAUGAUCUACAAGAAAGAUACCUCGUGGAAGCACGUCCAGUCCUUCACCGCUCAGAUUCAGGUCUUGGACGUCCCUGGUGAAAUCAAGGUUGGGUAUUCUCCUAUUGCUUUCGUCCGUACUGGCCGUUCCGCUUGUAAGCUUGCUAAGAUCAACUGGAAGGUUGGUAAGGAAACUGGUGGUAAGAAAAUGGAAGAUCCCCACUCUCUCAAGUCCAACGAGAUGGCCGAAGUCGUUUUCGAGCCCAUCCAGCCGCUUGUGGUUGAUUCCUAUAAGAACUGUGAGGGUCUCUCUCGUGUAGCUCUGAUGGAGGGUAACGGUGUUGCAAUGCUCGGCAAGUGCACCUCUACCGUCGCCAAGGUGGUGAAGUAGUUAUUAGAAGCUAUCUGGUCUUUAUGGCCGUAAAAGGUUUUUUUCAAUUUCGAGUUGGACGGGGGGAUUUUGUUAGUUUC